AUGCCUCUUAACCACGAGGAAGUUGUUCGUCCCACUACCAACUUUCAUCCCAACGUUUGGGGGGACCAGUUUCUAAUUUAUGAAGAGCAAGCUGAGGAAGAUGACAUAAAUCGAAUUGUCUGUGAUCUGAAAGAAGAAGUGAGAAAAGAUAUACUAGCAGCUUUAUAUGUUCCAAUGGAACAUACGAAACUUGUAAAACUAAUCGACACAAUCCAACGUCUUGGAAUAGCCUACUAUUUCGACCAAGAGAUUAAGCAAGCCUUGCAACAUAUCUAUGUGAAAUAUGGUGAUAACUGGAGUGGUGGUAGCUCUUCCGUUUGGUUUCGACUCAUGCGACAACAAGGGUUCUACGUUUCAUGUGAUAUUUUCAGUAACUACAAAGAAAAGAAUGGAGCUUUUAAGGAAUCGUUGACCAAUGACAUUCAUGAGAUGCUUGAGUUAUAUGAGGCAACAUUUAUGAGGGUGAAAGGAGAAGUUGUACUAGACGAAGCUCUUCCUUUCACAAAAACUCAUCUUGAAAAACUAGCAAAGGAUCCUGCAGUUCGGUGUAACUCUACUCUUUCAAUACACAUACAGGAGACACUAAAGCAUCCUAUACAGAGAAGGUUGCCAAGACUUGAGGCGUUACACUACAUUCCUUUCUACCAAAAACAAGCGUCUUGUAAUGAGUCUUUACUUCAACUUUCAAAGUUUGGGUUCAAUCUACUUCAAUCGCUACACAAGAAAGAGCUUAGUGAAGUUUCCAAGUGGUGGAAAGGUUUCGAUAUCCCGAAUAAGGUACCUUAUACACGGGACCGAUUGGUUGAAUUGUACUUUUGUGCAGUUGGUGUAUGCCCUGAGCCACAAUAUUCAUGUGCUAGAAUUUUCUUAACAAAAUUGUUUGCAAUGUCAACGAUGAUUGAUGAUACUUAUGAUGCUUAUGGUAUUUUUGAAGAGCUUGAAAUAUUUACUGAAGCAGUUCAAAGGUGGUCGACUACAUGCUUAGAUGUGCUUCCAAACUACAUGAAACCAAUAUACCAAGGACUUAUAGAUGUUUACAAAGAAAUUGAAGAAAUCAUGGCAAAUGAGGGGAAUGUAUAUCGUGUCAACUAUGCCAAAGAGUUUAUGAAAGAGUUUAUUAAAAGCUACAUGACAGAAGCAAAGUGGGUUAACGAGGGUUACAUACCAACCAUGGAGGAGAACAUGUCAUAUAGAUUAACAAGUUGUGGCUAUAGCAUGCUUACUGCAGCAUCUUUUGUUGGCAUGGGGGAUAUUGUCUCUGACGAGUCGUUCAAAUGGGUUCUCACGGAUCCUCCUAUUGUCAAAGCUGCAUGUGUAAUUUUUAGACUCAAAAAUGACAUUGCGUCUCACAAGCAAGAGCAAGAAAGAAUACAUGUCGCAUCUCUUGUUGAAAGUUACAUGAAGCAAUAUGAUGUCACCGAGGAGUAUGUCCAUGACUUGCUGUAUAAGCAAGUCGAAGAUGCAUGGAAAGAUAUAUCCCUUGAGACCCUCAUAUGUAAAGAUGUUCCAAUGCCUCUACUGACGCGUAUCUCGUAUUUUGAGUUAAUGGCUGCAGCUCUUGCUAGCCCUUUAUACUUGUCCCAAUUUGGUUCUACAAACAAAUGCAAUGAAGAAAUCUUGUUUUCAAACCAUGAUGAGUUGAAGGAAGAGUGUUGUUUUCUUGGAAACUGGACUUCCAAUUUGGGGGACCGAUGGUAUACAGGGAAGAGGUUUACUCCAAUGAUUCUUAGGCUUACUGAUUCAAUCGCAACUGAGAAGACACCAACGAUGAACCGAAGGUGGAAACGAUCUUCAGUAGUAAGGCGGAGUCGAUCCGGCAGCAAUCGUGUUCUACCGCAAGAAAGCAAGAAUCAAUUGGAGAAAGAAACGGUAGCGGAGGUGGGUGGCACAUCCACUGCUGCCUAUGUCGGUGGAGUUGGAGGUCUGGACGAAAAUGGAGAUAAAGAAGAAGGCGGUGAAAUAUUAACCGAUGAUAUAGCGGUGCAAAAACUGGACGAGAGGGGUGGUCGACACUGUUCACAUAAACUAACCCAGGUAGAGUAA